AUGGCGGCACCUGGUGUAAGUAUAUUGGCUACUAGUUCUCCUGCAUAUCCCUUCGCGGCUGGUGGGUUCUCUAUUCUUGCUGGAACAUCAUUUUCCACUCCCUAUUUCUCAGAAAUUGUGGCACUUCUUAAAGUAAUCCACCCCUCUUGGUCCCCUUCUGCUAUCAAAUCAGCAAUUGUCAAAACAGCUGGCCGAUCCGCCGAUCCAUUCGACUUGGGAGGUGGCUUGGUGAACCCGAACAAAGGUGCAGAACCUGGUCUUGUUUAUGACAUGGGCACAAAUGACUACAUACAUUUCCUCUCUGCUGUGGUUUAUAAUGACACAUCUCUCUCUCUUGUUGUAGGAAAAGUAACAAUUUGUUCAACUGAAAACAAAUACCCAUUCAACAAUACUGAAAAACCAGAUAACCUGUCCUCUAUAGAUGUUAUCGGACAUGGCACACAUGUGUCUACUAUUUCUGCUGGCUCUCUUGUCGGUAAUGCAAGAGCCUUUGAUGAAGCAAUGCAUGAUGGAGUUGACCUGCUGUCCCUUCCCAUUGGCAGCAUUAUUCCUCUAUUUUCAGAUGUUUAUGAACGUGAUGGGAUCGCCACUGGUGCGUUUCAUGUUAGUUGUGCUGCUGGAAACACCGGACCUGAAGAAUACAACACUUUGGAUUCUAAUCGUUGCAGCUACUAUCUAUAG